CCGGAUGUGCGCGUGGCCUUGCGUCUCCUGGUUGGUUGGUUUAUCGCCAGGCAGCGGCGGCGGGUGAGUGACUCUUCUGGGGCCCGGCUGGGUUCGGCCCGCUCCCUAGCGCCGGCUGUUGUCAUGGCGACACCCAGUCGCGCCCUUUGCUGCCUUUAAGGCCGUGGUGGGCAACACGCGGCCUGCCCAGGGGCCCCGGUCCCAGCCAAUGGGAGCUGCGGGAAGCCAGCGGAUUGCCCCGGGGGGCCGCGUGUGGCCCGCCACUGCUUGAAGGCCUAUACAGGAUAGAGAUGGCAGAGGAGGCCGGGGAUGAGAAGAAGCAGGUGGCAAAGUUUGAGCUGGAGCGGGAGACGGAGCUUCGCUUUGAGGUGGAGGCCUCGCAGACUGUCCAGCUGGAGCUGCUGGCAGGCAUGGCGGAGAUUUUCGGCACCGAGCUGACCCGUAACAAGAAGUUCACUUUCGAUGCUGGUGCCAAGGUGGCCGUGUUCACGUGGCAUGGCUGCACAGUGCAGCUGAGCGGCCGCACUGAAGUGGCUUACAUAUCGAAGGACACGCCCAUGCUGCUCUACCUCAACACCCACACAGCCCUGGAGCAGAUGCGGCGGCAGGCAGAGCGUGAGGAUGAGCGGGGGCCCCGGGUCAUGGUGGUGGGGCCUACGGAUGUGGGUAAGUCGACAGUGUGCCGGCUGCUGCUGAACUACGCUGUGCGGCUGGGGCGCCGACCCACCUUCGUGGAGCUGGACGUGGGCCAAGGCUCGGUCUCCAUCCCUGGCACCAUGGGGGCACUGUAUAUCGAGCGGCCUGCUGAUGUAGAAGAGGGUUUCUCUGUCCAGGCCCCCUUGGUCUAUCACUUUGGCUCCACCACUCCAGGCACCAACAUCAAACUCUAUAACAAGUGCUCUUUAAUCUGUUUUGUGCUACCUUGGAAGGAAACAGGCUUGCAUCAUGGACUGGAAGUCACGGCUCUCGGACCAACUCUGCCACUGACUUCCUGUGUGACCUUGAUCACAUCUCGCUUGGCUGACGUCUUUAACCAGCGCUGCGAAGUGAACCGCCGGGCUUCAGUUAGUGGCUGCGUCAUCAACACGUGCGGCUGGGUGAAGGGCUCCGGGUACCACGCCCUGGUGCAUGCUGCCUCAGCCUUUGAGGUGGAUGUGGUGGUAGUGCUGGACCAGGAGCGCCUAUACAAUGAGCUGAAGCGGGACCUGCCCCAUUUUGUGCGCACAGUGUUGCUCCCCAAAUCGGGUGGGGUGGUAGAGCGCUCCAAGGACUUCCGGAGGGAGUGCCGGGAUGACCGCAUCCGUGAGUACUUCUACGGCUUCCGUGGCUGCUUCUACCCCCACGCCUUCGACGUCAAAUUCUCCGAUGUCAAGAUCUACAAGGUGGGGGCUCCCACCAUCCCUGACUCAUGCUUGCCCCUGGGCAUGUCGCAGGAGGAUAACCAGCUCAAGCUUGUGCCAGUGACGCCAGGCCGUGACAUGGUGCACCACCUGCUGAGCGUCAGCACUGCUGAUGGCAGUGAGGAGAACAUCUCCGAGACCAGCGUGGCUGGCUUCAUCGUUGUCACUGGGGUGGACGUAGAUCGCCAGGUCUUCACAGUGCUGUCACCGGCACCUCGCCCACUGCCCAAGAACUUUCUGCUGAUCAUGGACAUUCGCUUCAUGGACCUUAAGUAGGGGCUGCACUGGAGCAGAAGAGGUGGAGUCCACCAGGCCUAUAGUGUCUCCGUGGUGGACAGAACUUUUACCAAUUGAAGGGGGUGGAGACUGCCACACAGACUGAAUCAUUUGAAACCAGUGUGGGAAGGGGUACAGGCUGCUGUCCAGAUCAAACCAUUGGGAGAAACCAAAGUGGGUCAGGUGAGGUUUGUGGAUUAAUUUGUAGACAGAAGCAGGGAGGGAAUGUGGGAUUAAAUGCAACUGUAGAUGGCUCACUGUCUACAUCCUUCUCUAGGAUCCCUUCUCCUCCUUAGAUUUCAGUCCCUGAAAUCUGGACCCAUUGUCCCUUUUACACAGCCAAUGGUUCGUGGGCCUCCUCUUGUAGAAGAGGAUCAAUAUUGUUUUAUAUUUUUGUAAUUUUAAUAAAUUUCCUAGUAUUUUACUGGU